AUGGCCGCCUUUCCAGCGCCAUGGUUAACAAUAAUGAAAGAGCAGUCUUCAAAAGAUGCCAAAGACUAUGGGUCAGCGAAAGCGUAUGCCGAUGCGGUGCGGAAAUGGCAUGCAGACACGUACAACUGGCUGAAUUCCCAACAUCAAGAUUAUAUUGCUCAUAACCCGCCAACAGUAAGCAAUUUCUUGAUAUUUUUUAUGCUUUUAGGAAGAAAAUGUAGGUGAAGAUAGUGCUGAUAUCAAUAACAAUGGGUUGAGACGACGAGGACCUCUGGUUCGAAGAGUUUUUCAAUUUGUGAUCCGAGGGAAUCAGUCUUCAACGGUCGUGGUGGAAGAAUGUGAUAUAGCUUCGUCCUCAAGAAGAAUAUUUGCGGAACUUACUGAUUUUGUGUUGCUUCUGCUCCUCAAGAUGGUGAUAGUUUACGUCCUCGUCGAUUUGGAAUUAUUGUAAGUGGAAAUAUUUGAAGUUUUUUGAAAAGCAGCAGAUCUUAUGGUUAAGAUAAGAAAAUCGUUUCUCUAUCCCAGUUUUUGAUUUAUUUCGUAUUUAAAUUUACCAUGAAAGUUAGUAUACAACCCGUUUCAGAGAUCUAGACCAUUUGGAACGGCUUAUAAGCUCAACAACAGACCUAGACACCUUGAUUAAGUUGACUCGAGGUCUAUUUUACGCGGAAUUGAUAUCUAAAUUAUUUUCGAGCUUGUUUGAAGCCUUCUGCAUAACUUAUGGAUUCUAUGGGACUCCUCAGGGAUGUACGCCGGGGAAGAACUUGUUGGGACUUCAAGUAGUGCAGUAUCAGGAAAUCACAGAAAUUCCAAAUCGACCUAAUCGAGUUCGAGUGGUCAGAGCUCCCUAUGUAUCGCUUAAAAAGUAAGUUCGUUGAUUCAUUUUGUAUUGUUGUGAAUUUAGAAAGCUAACCUUUGAGUUUUAUUGAAGUUUGGGGAAAAUUUCGACUGUUUUUUGACAGCUUAUGUCAUGGAUAAUAUGAAAAUUUUUUUGAUUUCUUAAAUUGACGUGUGAAAAAGCCCUUCAAAGAUGAAACAAGUCAUUUACAGCUCGCUGAUCCGCUCGAUCUUCAAAAACAUGUUCACAAACUUCUUCUUUCCCAUCAAUAUUUUCUGUUACGGCUUCAGUCAUAACCGAUCCGUGUACGACUUUGCCGCCAAAACGCUGGUCAUUCAACGCCGUCCCGUACUGUAG